AACAGGUCUCGCGUCCCUCCUACUGGGCCUCGUGCCUCACGCCCGACCCCCGCCCCCCUCUGCCACUUCCUGACCGGAGAACUCCACUCAGUCGCUUGCUCGCGUUCAUAGAGGAGAACCGGCCGCCUCCGCCCCCUUUCCAGGCUGCCUCCCCAUACACACACAGCCACCUCCACAGACAGCAGACUGCCCAAGACAUGAGCAACGGCGUGGGCUUCACCGUGUUCCAAGUGCCUGGCGCCAAGACGGCCAAGCGGCCCACGACGACGCGGCUGGGCGGCGGGCCCGUCCUCUCCAGCGUCGGCAGCUCGCAUAGUAUGGGGGAGCCGUACACCGCCGCACAGCACGCAGGUAGCGCGUCCGUGGCCAGUAACGGCUCCAGCUCCUCGCUACUCAACCAGCCGCGCGGACAGCGCAACAGCGGCACGACAUUUGCGGCCUUCCAGCCCCCAGGAGGCCUUCAGCCCAUCUCGUCGCAGAGUUCAGGCAUCACCACGUCACUGGGCGCGCCCUACGCCGGCACCAGCGGCAGUAUGGGCAGCCACAGCUCCACUGGCAGCAAUUCUGGCCUGGCCGUGCCCAUGGGCGUAGGCAUCGGCUUUAAAUCCGGACCGGGCGACGAACAGCCACGCGGCGGCGCCGGGUGGAUGCGAACCGGCCGCGUCAUCCGGGUCAAGGACUCGGGCGACAGUUUCCGCUUCCCUCUGGACACAGAGCAUUUACCCACCGUCAAUGUGUCGAUCGAGCAGUUCGAGGCGUACAAAACGAAGCUGCAAAGUGUCGCCGAAACUUACGUCAAUUCCCCGGCCACGUGGCUGGACAACCCCAGUCUGAGUCCUCAGUACCGCAACCAGAGCUGGAAACCCCAUCUAGAGAAGAAAAACUGCGUCAUUUACCGUCUGAAAGAAGCAGCAGACGCCAGUAACCUGCAGAGGAAGGCCAUGCUACGUGCCAAGCUGGACACGUCGCUGGAAGAGCUCGAAUACGCCGUCAACUGUGCCACAACGGAAGACCAGCGCGCCUACAUGGCUCACUGCUAUCAGGAGAGUUUCCUCGACUCGGCAGUGCUGCAGGUGCACGAGAAGGCCACAAACGACGACUCGUUCCAGUUCCUCGGCAUUAAAUGGCUCGCCUUCCAGAGCUCCGUAGACUCAGUGUUCAGCUGCCGAGACACGCUUGUUGUCGAGUUUUCGAAGACGAUGGAGGACGCCAAGGGACAGAAAGUGCUGGUUAAAGUCCAGCAGAGCGUCAGCAUGGCAGAUUGCGAUGGGAACGAGCGCAACUUUGGAUUCUCUCGCACUUCAGGUACCUGGGUCUGGCUGUUCCGUAGUAUGGGCCCAUCCAGCGGCAAAGUGGACGUGUCGAUGUUCUCGGAAGACCGAUUCGACAAUAACCGCAACACUCCGAGCUGGUUCGCGAACCGCGUAGUAUCGACACUUUUCGCUGUGGCUCUUCACCACGCCACCGCUGCAGACGCCAAGUUCCUCGUACGUGGUCGUAUGAUUACAGACAAGGCGUGGGUGCCCAACAACGAGCGUCCGGCAUGCUCUGUAUGCUUUAAGAGCUUCAACCUGUUGCGGUCGCGUCACCACUGCCGCGUGUGUGCUGAAAUCAUGUGCGGAGCUUGCACCAUCGAGCUCGGUAUCCAGUCCAGCAAGCUCCCGCCAGGAAUGCUACCGGAAACAGGCAAUAGCUUCAUCGUCAGCGUAGAAAAGUUCUGCCUCAAGUGUAUAAACAAGGCCCGACAAGAGCGUCGUAGCGCGCUUGCAGCCAAGAGCGCAGGGAUCGAUCUCGCCUCGGACGAGGCGUACGAUGGCAACGUGCCGUCGUCCUAUGCCUCAAGAGCUAGUGAGGUGUUUUACGGCCAAGUGCCGCCUGCUCGGGGCUCCAUUUCUGACCACUCGGCCGAUAGAGAACUCAACCCCCAGCAGAACCACUCGUUUGCGUCUUCAUCGUCCUCUACGAGUUCACUAGGAGGAGCCAGUGGUACAAGUGGAGAGAAGUCGGGCAUUUCGUACGCUGGCUGGUCGACGAAGGUUCUUUCCGCUAUCAACAGAGAGAAACCGGCGGAUGGAGCGAAGGAGCAGUCGUUGGUUACGCUUACGUCGGCAGGAAGUAGUAGAAAUCUGGAUAUCGGUGUACCUCGCACCGCGCGGCAAGCAUCCGGAGACCGACGACGGCACAACUCGGACGCCUCGGGCGCCUCUACCAGCAUCAGUUCGCAGAGCGACCGUGGCAGUUCGGACAUCAAGAGCCGCAAGGAGCCCAUUGCAGGUGACGCUGUUGUGUUGCUGGAGGAACCCGACGAGGUGCAGAACAUUACGCCACUACCGACGUCAUUUACGAAAAUGGAGGAGCAGAUUGCGGCUCAGCAGGCAUUGCUGCGCUCGAUGUUUAUCGAGGGCAAAAAGAUCAUGGAGCAGCAGCAGGCAUACGGAGGACAGGUGCACCCAGCACAGCAGCAACGUUACCUUAACCAGAUGUCCCCGCCGGAGAGUGUGGAGGACAAAGGUACGCUCGCCCUACCGCCAUCAUCGGCUUCUAUCGAGUACAUCGACUGAGUGAUUCUAUCCCCCGUGUCGUUGUUACUCUGAUCUCUGCAUUUUUGCUUCGCCCGUCAAAGUGCCACGUCUGAAUUGUCUUGUAAUAAACACAUUUGUCUGCUCUAGCUGUUUUAAACUGUAAUUUUCUUCAACGUUUGUG